AUGCCUGUAAUUGUACUGGAGGCCAGUGAUCUGACCAGCCCUCUGUCGCUGGUGCGUAUGUGGGCUCUCCUGUCCGGUUGCCUCACCUUCAGCCUGGUAGCCUCUCUGGUUUCCCCAGAGCUGACCUCUGACACCCACCAGCCCUCCUUCAGGAUCCUCUGCAUGUUCACCUGGUGCCUCUUCUUCAUCCUCACCUUCCUAAUCCACGUGGUCAACAUCAUCCAGUUCCACAGCCUGGUCCCCAUCUCCUGGAAGAACCUGACCGUGACCGUGGCAGCUCUCGCCGCCCUCAUGACCUUCAGCGCCUCGGUCACCUUUCCUUGGGCGGUCAUGGGUCAUGAAGGUGUCUGGCCCCGUCCUAUCGCCGCCUCCUUGGCAUCGUGUCUCACCUUCCUGGCCUAUGCAACCGAGGCCUACCUCAUCCGCACCCAGACCCAGGACCAGAAGGGCUACAUGGCCAGCGUACCCGGCCUGCUCAAGGUGCUCCAGCUCUGGGGAGGAUGUGAGAUGAUCGUCCUGGUGGUGGAGCAGGUCCGUGGAGCUUUGGUAAAAGGAGCCGGGGUAGGGUUGGCAGCUGUGGGUUGGCAGCUAUGGGUGUCUGGGGUGGUGUAUGCCCUCUGUCUCCUAAUGUCCCUGGGUACAGUGAUGGUGGUUCUAGGGGACUGUGCUGGGCGAUGCCCUCUGCCCUUUGACCGCCUGCUGGCAAGCUUCAGUCUGACAGGGGUGCUUCUCUAUGUGGUCGCCACCAUACUGUGUUUUACCAGAGUCCUGGAGCAACAAAACCCCGGCCAAGAGUUCACAGACAGGAAAACUGGGCCCACCCUUGUUAUCAUGGAAGCAGUGAUGACCAGCAUUACUCUGCUAGCUUACACAGUGGACCUGGCCUUCUCUAUCAAACUGCUGCGGGAUAGGAGUCACGCCUGA